CCUUGUGUGAAUUGUACUGAGCAACACGCUGUAUCUCAGAGAUGGAUACUGCUGCAAGUAACAUUAGUCGUCGCAGCCUCAGCUACAAGGAUGACGACCACGAUCUGGUUAUACUGGUGACGGGAGGCGCUGGAUUCCUGGGCAGCAGAAUCGUCCAGGCUCUACUCACUAAGGAGUGGGUGCGCGAGGUUCGCGUGCUGGAUCUGCUGUGCUCCGAGUCACUCACCAUCUCCGAGUCCGGUGAAGGGGACGCGCAGAAAACGAUAGCGUGGAUGAAGGGCAGUGUGACUAACACUGAGGAUGUGCAACGAGCGGUCCGCGGAGCAGAUGUCGUGAUACACACAGUAUCCGUCGUAUCGGAGGGAUUCAUGUCGCCAGCCGCAGUGGAGGCGAUCAACGUCGGUGGCACCGAGUGCAUACUUAGAGUGUGUAGUCAAGGCAACAGCACGCCUCGCUGUGUUCUAUACGCAGGUACCGUUGCAGCAACCAUCACGGACGUGGACGUACCAGACAAAGACGAGUCAACCCCUCUUCCAGAACCCACAGCCACCAUAGGAGAGUAUGCUCGCACCAAGAACCUUGCAGAACGUCUUAUGAUCUCGUAUGAUGGCAAGUCGAAGGGCGGCCGUGGCGUUGGUGUGCUGCGGACAUGUGUUCUCCGUUGCCCACCGAUGUACGGUGAAGGUGAUCCAUAUUGUGUAACUCCGCUGAUUGAUUCCGUCAAGGCCUGCUUCGGAUACGCUCCCAACUUCCUCGACCCUGUACGCGUGCGAGCAGGAUACGUUGGUAACGUGGCGGAAGCCUUUGCGGUGGCUGCUGAGAGGCUAGCGCGAGACCCUGACCGUGCGGCGGGAAAGGCGUUCUUCGUUGGAGAUGACACAGAGCCAAAGAGCAUAACUGAGUUCUGUAGCCCGAUCCUGAAGAGUCUCGGAUAUUCCCUGUUUCCUGUACCAAUCCCAUCCAUAGUUCUAUUGCUACUGGCGCAUGUUCUAGAGCUGAUGUUCACGAUUGGUUCACAGCUUCUGCCGUUGAAUCCAGCUGGAUUUACACUGACCCCGUCUAGAGCACGGCUAAUGAGAAUUCCGCACACAUACAGUGACCGUUGGUUUCGCCAUGUAUUCAACUUCCAGCCUCCGAUCACACCAGAGAAGGCUAUGGAGGCGACCAUUGGGUUCUAUCGUGAUCGGCAGCAACGGCGAUAACCGACCAAUCCAUGCAGGUCGGUGGUUAGGUCCUUAGUCAUACAUGUACGUACACGUGAAAAUGAUUUUAAACUCUC